UUCUUCUCCUCCCACCGCUCCAAGCCGAGAGACAAGAAACCCCACCAAGCCACCAUGGCUGCCUCCUCCACCUCUCGCCUGAACCCCGCUGCCCCUUCAUUCGUCUCCUCCUCUUCCACGCAUCUCUGCUCCCCGCCUCCUUUCGGCCUGCCCAUGGGCUGCCUCCUCCCACCGCCACCGCCGCCGCCGUGCUCCCUCGUCGGCGGGAUCGCUCCGAUGGGUCCUUCCGUGUUCCCGACCUUGCCAUGGCUGCAUGUCCCCGCUCCGGCGCAGGUGUUCUGCAGCCCACCCGCAUGCGUGGUACCUGUGUGUCCCAGCACGGUGCCGGCCUACUGCACACCUCCGCCGCAACCGCCCCUACCGGCGAGACGCUGCACCAUCAAGGAGAUUGCCGACGACGGCAGCGACGAGUCGCCCAAGGCGGAGAUGGAAGGCGAACCAUCCCCUCGCUCAGUCCUCACUGCUUGGAAGCCGGAGGCUGCCGCGUCGAAGCGCCAGAAACCGGCGAAGUUGGUGCAUUCGGGGCCGAAGCUGAGGGCGGCGGUUCCGCAGCUCCCACACCUGCCUCGCGGGGUCGUGGGCAGCAAACCGGCCUUCAACCCACGGAGCGGCAAGACUUCUCUCAUGAUCUGCAACAUCCCCAAUAGCUUCUCGAAGCGCAGAUUAAUGGAGAUCCUCGACCAGCAUUGCGCCGAGGAGAACGCCAAGCUGGCCCAGCGCCGAAGCCGCCGCGUCUUGAGGUCGGAGUAUGACUUCCUCUACCUCCCAGUCGACUUCAGGACAAGGUUCAACAAAGGCUACGCCUUCGUCAACAUGACGACGGCGCCGGCGGCGCGCCGGCUGCACGCGUUCCUCCACGGCCACAGCUGGGCCGCCGUCGGCUCCGGGAAGGUGUGCGAGGUGGUGCACGCCAAGAUCCAGGGUGUGGACGCGUUCGCGGCGCACUUCUCCGGCUCCAUGUUCCCCUGCGGCGAUGACAGGAAGGAGUUCCUGCCGGUGCGCUUCGGCCCGCCGCGGGACGGCACGCGGCCUACGGCGGAGCGCAUUAUCGGCACUGCAGUUCGUCCGCACAACCUGCGCUGAUACGAGGCGCUGACCACGCCGAUCGUUCUCCGGCCGCACGCUGUCCUCCGUCGUCGUGUCGUGUCGUCUCUAUCUUGCGUUCUAUCCAUGCUUUGCAAUGCCAUGGAUGGAUAGAGCGGAAGAUAAGAUUCAGUAGAGGCAGGCUUACUAAUCUCGUUGUUACUGGUGUCUUCUUGUUCAAAUAUGUGGCGUAGUUGCUAGUUCUACUUCUAGCUAGUAGGAGAAAGUAGCUACUAGUAGUUUGAACUUGUUGUGAAGUUAUCUGGGAGUCUAGGAUCAUGUGUUGUGACUUGUGAGUAGCCUGGAUGAACUGAAAUGUGCUGUGCUAGUAGAUGACUCUUUACCCACUACUCCAUGUUCCGUUUCAAAUUCUGGUGGAUAUCAUAAUUUCACCAGAAUUCAAUCUUGGUUACUAUUUCGAAUGGAUGAAAAAAGCCAGUUUGAACGAGUUUA